AUGGGGCUUUUCACCCGAUACUACCAGCCUGGAAGGCUUUGCGUCGUUCAGUAUGGCCCUGACGCAGGAAAGCUGUGCUUCGUCGUGGACAUCAUCAACCAAACCCGCGUGCUCGUUGACGGCGCUGGAGUGACUGGCGUGAAGCGUCAGUCCAUGCCCGUGCGCCGCAUUGCGUUGACGGACCAGUAUCUGAAGAUCCCCCGCAGUGUGCGCUCCGCGACGCUGAAGAAGGCCUUGGAGAAGGAUGAUGUGAUUGCAAAAUUCAACCAGUCCUCCUGGGGAAAGAAGAGACAAGUCAAGGAACAGCGUGCAAACAUGACCGACUUUGACCGCUUCAAGCUCAUGGUCAUCUUGAAGCAGCGGAGAAAGGUCAUGCAGCAGAAGCUGAAGACUUUGAAGAAAUAA